GCAUGGCCAAAGAGGCAGGCGGGGCAGGGUCGGCGGGGACCCGGAGGAGGGGCACGCGCUGUGGCGUCGGGUGUUUUGGUUUGGAUAUUUUUUUUCCGCGAAAGAAGUUUGCUUUGGCCACGCCUCAAGGCAGCCGCCUUCUCCUGCCCCCUCCCCCGCCCCUCGGUGCACACCUCUCGGUGCCGAUUGCAAAGCGCCUUCCGUUGCGAGAGCUGCAAAUUUUGCCCAAGCCAGGCUCGCCCACCUUGCAAGACAGAGCGCCUGUAUCCCCUGGUACCCUCAGUUGCAAAGAGCCAGCCGCCUGACUUGUUCAUCCAAAUGUAUGAUCUCUCGGGAUCCUCUUGAGUCGCACGUUUCUGAGACACCGAGGACUGCAAAUCCCCAUCGCUCCUAGGACUUGCAGCUUUUUGGAUACUGGAGGCUGACACGCUCGCCCGUCCCUGGGCAGACACUCGCCCGAACCACAGUGGUGUGCUGGUGACUUCGCCUCUCCAUGAGCCCAUGAACCUGGGGGCAGGUGCCAGGCGAUGGCGCGGCCUCUGAGCGACCGGACCCCGGCCCCCCUGCUGUUGGGCGGCCCGGCUGGUGCCCCCCCUGGCGGGGGAGCGCUGAUUGGGCUUCGGAGCCUUCUGCAGGGGACCAGCAAGCCCAAAGAGCCGGCCAGCUGUCUCCUGAAGGAAAAGGAACGCAAGGCGGUUCUGCCCGCAGCCACCGUCCCGGGGCCAGGCCUGGAGACGGCGGUCCCAGCCGAUGCCCCAGUGGGGGUGGUGGGGGGCGGCGGGUCCCCGCGGGGGCGCCCGGGGGCAGUGCCUGGCCCGAGUCUGUUGGCACCGCUGCUGUGGGAGCGCACGCUGCCUUUCGGUGACGUGGAGUACGUGGACCUGGACGCCUUCCUGCUGGAGCACGGGCUGCCGCCCAGCCCGCCGCCCCCCGCUGGUGGCCCGUCGCCGGCACCCUCGCCCGCGCGCACUCCCGCACCCUCCCCGGGGCCAGGCUCGUGUGGCUCUGCUUCCCCCCGCUCCUCGCCAGGGCACGCCCCCGCCCGGGCUGCCCUAGGGGCCUCCGGCGUCCACCGCGCAGGCCUGACCUCUCGGGACACACCCAGUCCUGUGGACCCAGACACGGUGGAGGUGCUGAUGACCUUUGAACCUGACCCAGCCGAUCUUGCUCUGUCAAGCAUUCCAGGCCAUGAGACCUUUGACCCUCGCAGACAUCGAUUCUCAGAGGAGGAACUUAAACCUCAGCCAAUCAUGAAGAAGGCGAGGAAAAUCCAGGUGCCAGAGGAUCAGAAGGACGAGAAGUAUUGGAGCCGGCGGUACAAGAAUAAUGAGGCAGCCAAGCGGUCCCGCGACGCCCGGCGGCUCAAGGAGAAUCAGAUUUCGGUGCGGGCGGCCUUCCUGGAGAAGGAGAACGCCCUGCUGCGACAGGAGGUGGUGGCUGUGCGCCAGGAGCUGUCCCACUACCGCGCGGUGCUGUCCCGCUACCAGGCCCAGCACGGGGCCCUGUGAGGCCGCCCUACCGCUCCGGGGCGGGGCCCUCCUCCUCCUUGCUCAGACUUGCACCCUCUUCCCUCCCCGCCCUGUGGCCCAGGGUCUGGCCAGCUGGAUGCCCCAGAAACGUGAUGAUGCAGAUAAAUACAUUUAUAUUUUUAAGAAAAAGCGAGCCUCCCCCCUCCCUCGAGGGGGUGGGGAGGAUCCUGUGUGUGCUCCUGGCACGUCGGGGACCCCAUCCUCCCAACCGCCUCCGUUAACACGAUCCUGAAUAAAUCUUGAGAACCCCAGAA